UGAGCACUCCUCAUUUUUAGCCUAUCUGUGCCGUCCAGCCUCCAGCGACGUCACACGUCGCGCGGCGCAGGGAAGUCCGUCACCGUCGCUAACUGCUGUUGGACCUGCAUUAGCUUUCGAGGUUCUGAUCGGUUCCAUUUUUUUUAUUGUUUGUAUUUAAUUUCAGUCUCUUGACGACGCUCUUUAAGAUAUAUAUAUCGACAAAUAAYCACGGUGUGGAUUUUAGUUGUCUUCAUACAGCUGCUGAAAGCGCCGAGUAAAGCGAAAGUUAAGGGUCGGAAAAUGAGUGUGGAGGCGUACGGGCCGAGCUCCCAAACCCUCACCUUCUUGGACACCGAGGAAGCCGAGCUGCUCGGAGCGGACACCCAGGGCUCCGAGUACGACUUCACCGACUUCACGCUUCCUAGUCAAACCCAAACUCAAGGCCAGACACAGAGCCAGCUGGACAGCCAGGUGAAUGGUCCAGAUGAAGGUCUUCACAACGGAGGAGUGGAUGACCCCGUGGCCAAAACCAGCCAGUUGUUGGGCGAACUGAACUUCGAGGAGGAUGAAGAAGACACGUAUUACACCAAAGACCUUCCUGUACACGCAUGCAGCUACUGUGGUAUCCAUGACCCGGCAUGUGUGGUGUACUGUAACACCAGCAAGAAGUGGUUCUGUAAUGGCCGUGGCAACACAUCUGGCAGCCACAUUGUGAACCACAUGGUGAGGGCCAAAUGCAAAGAGGUGACACUGCAUAAAGAUGGACCGCUCGGUGAAACUGUGCUGGAGUGCUACAACUGUGGAUGUCGCAACGUGUUCCUCCUGGGCUUCAUCCCYGCUAAAGCUGAUUCUGUGGUGGUGCUGCUUUGCAGGCAGCCGUGUGCCAGCCAGAGCAGCCUGAAGGACAUCAACUGGGACAGCUCGCAGUGGCAGCCACUCAUCCAGGAUCGCUGCUUUUUGUCCUGGCUGGUGAAGAUCCCAUCAGAGCAAGAGCAGCUGCGAGCUCGUCAGAUCACUGCCCAGCAGAUCAAUAAGCUYGAGGAACUCUGGAAGGACAAUCCCAGCGCUACCCUGGAAGACCUGGAGAAACCUGGCGUGGACGAGGAGCCCCAGCACGUGCUGCUGCGCUACGAGGAUGCUUAUCAGUACCAAAACAUUUUUGGGCCAUUGGUCAAACUGGAGGCUGACUAUGACAAAAAGCUUAAAGAGUCACAGACUCAAGACAACAUAACAGUCAGGUGGGACCUGGGCCUGAACAAAAAGCGGAUUGCCUAUUUCACUCUGCCCAAGACGGAUUCAGGUGAUAUGCGUCUGAUGCAGGGUGAUGAAAUCUGCCUGCGCUACAAGGGAGACUUGGCUCCACUGUGGAAGGGCAUUGGUCACGUCAUCAAAGUACCAGACAACUACGGGGAUGAAAUUGCUAUAGAGUUGCGGAGCAGCGUGGGAGCACCCGUGGAAAUCCCUCACAACUUCCAGGUGGACUUUGUUUGGAAYUCCACUUCUUUUGACAGGAUGCAGAGCGCCCUGAAAACUUUUGCUGUCGAUGAGACCUCCGUGUCCGGCUACAUUUACCACAAACUUCUGGGCCACGAGGUCGAGGACGUCACCAUCAAGUGCCAGCUGCCAAAGCGCUUCACUGCCCCGGGUCUGCCUGACCUUAAUCACUCACAGGUGUACGCUGUAAAAACUGUGCUGCAGAGGCCCCUCAGUCUGAUCCAGGGUCCUCCUGGCACCGGGAAGACCGUCACRUCAGCUACAAUCGUUUAUCACCUGUCCCGACAGGGCAAUGGGCCAGUUCUGGUGUGUGCUCCCAGUAACAUAGCUGUGGACCAGUUGACUGAGAAGAUUGACAAGACCGGCCUGAAGGUAGUCAGGCUGUGCGCCAAGAGCCGCGAAGCCAUCGAGUCACCGGUGUCUUUUCUGGCUCUGCACAACCAGAUCAGCAACAUGGACAGUAUGCCGGAGCUUCAGAAGCUGCAGCAGCUGAAGGACGAGACCGGCGAGCUGUCCUCUGCUGACGAGAAACGCUACAGGGCUUUGAAGCGCACUGCUGAGAGGGAGCUGCUCAUGAACGCCGAUGUGAUUUGCUGCACCUGUGUUGGAGCUGGAGAUCCCCGUCUGGCCAAGAUGCAGUUUCGUUCCAUCCUGAUUGACGAGAGCACCCAGGCCACUGAGCCUGAGUGUAUGGUGCCGGUGGUUCUGGGGGCGAAACAGCUUAUUCUUGUUGGCGACCACUGCCAGCUCGGACCCGUGGUGAUGUGUAAGAAGGCAGCCAAGGCGGGUCUGUCUCAGUCUCUGUUUGAACGGCUGGUGGUCCUGGGAAUCCGGCCAAUCCGCCUGCAGGUCCAGUACCGCAUGCACCCGGCUCUCAGUGCCUUCCCCUCCAACAUCUUCUACGAGGGCUCCCUGCAGAACGGUGUCACCGCAGCUGAUCGCAUCAAGAAAGGCUUCGACUUCCAGUGGCCUCAGCCUGAUAAGCCCAUGUUCUUCUAUGUGACUCAGGGUCAAGAGGAAAUUGCCAGUUCUGGAACUUCGUACCUCAACAGGACUGAGGCUGCCAACGUGGAGAAAAUCACCACCAGGUUGCUGAAAGCAGGAGCCAAACCUGAUCAGAUCGGCAUCAUCACCCCGUAUGAGGGUCAGCGCUCCUACCUGGUCCAGUACAUGCAGUUCAGUGGCUCGCUUCACACCAAACUCUACCAGCAAGUAGAAAUCGCCAGCGUGGACGCCUUCCAGGGCAGAGAGAAGGACUUCAUCAUCCUGUCUUGUGUCCGCGCCAACGAGCACCAGGGCAUCGGCUUCCUGAACGACCCUCGUCGUCUCAACGUGGCGCUGACCAGAGCCAAGUAUGGGGUGAUCAUCGUGGGGAACCCCAAAGCCCUCUCCAAGCAGCCGCUGUGGAACAACCUGCUGAACUACUACAAGGAGCAGAAGGUCCUCGUGGAGGGACCCCUCAACAACCUGCGGGAGAGCCUCAUGCAGUUCAGCAAGCCCCGCAAACUGGUCAACACCAUCAACCCRGGGGGGCGCUUCAUGAGUACUGCCAUGUACGAUGCCCGUGAGGCUCUCAUCCCUGGCUCAGCGUAUGACCGCAGCAGUACUGCUGGACGUCCAUCCAACAUGUACUUCCAAACACACGACCAGAUCGGGAUGAUCGGAGCCGGUCCUGGUCACAUGGCUGCCAUGAAUAUCCCUUUGCCCUUCAACCUGGUGAUGCCCCCGGUGCCUCCACCCAGCUACUUGGGUCAGACCAACGGUCCUGCCGCAGGCCGUGGUGCGAUGAAGGGGAAACCAGGGCGUGGCGGGAGACAGAGGGUCCGUGGUUCCGGAAACCAGGGCGCCAGUCAGGGCAAUGGACCAAACAGCCAGGCCAGCCAGGACGGGGCCUCCCAGCCCUUCUCUCAGGGGCCACUGACUCAGGGCUACAUCUCCAUGAGUCAGCCCUCUCAGAUGAGCCAGCCUGGCCUCUCUCAGCCAGAGCUGUCCCAGGACAGCUAUCUCGGCGACGAGUUCAAGUCCCAAAUCGACGUGGCUUUGUCCCAGGACUCCACAUACCAGGGUGAACGUGCGUACCAGCAUGGCGGGGUGACCGGACUGUCACAGUACUAAAGUGUUGCCUGAAAGAAGGGAGCUAGGCUUGAGCUGAGCUUAGUUCGUCAGCUUUUUAAAUCUGGGAAAUAAUAAAAACAUAAAAUGGAUACCUGUUUUCCUCUGCUACAUCCGAAGCACCACCAAGUGAAAGCGACGGGAUAGCGAAACCAAACCAACGACCAGCGAGAGAAAAAGGAGUGUAGAAGAAGCGGAGGAGGAGCGCACUGACAGAUGGGCAGGGAGAUGGAAAGAGGCCGCGUGAACAAGCGAGAGGCAGGAACCGAUGCCCGUGCAUAGUGAAGGAGGUAAAGUCGAGAAAGUGGCGGCGUCUGGUCAGGCUGCUGAGGGAAACAGAGGAGAGAUCAACAGUCUCUCACGAGAAUCCAAAAGAGGUUCAGCCCCCCCUUCCCCAAACAACCCACCCAACACCUUCACAUCCACGGCUUCUGGGAACGCUCCAGUUAAGGAUCGAAGCUUCCCAAGUUGGAAUUUGAAGAACUCAUUCUCCAAAUCUGGACAGAUGUGGUAGCAGAAAGCUUUCAAGACAGGCAGCACACACAUAAAAUACAUCCCCCAUGCUGGAAAGUUGGUUGUUCAUCAACUUGUAUUUCCCAGACUCUUAAAAUUCGGUUCAUCGCAGGAGGAUAUUCUUCUAGUGGGCCCGAACGCCUCGGCAGCCUCUGAAGGAAGCAGCAGUGGACACGCCCUCUCAGAGAGGAAAUAAAAGCACUGGUCUCUGUGCUCGAGUCUGAUGUUGAAAUACCUUUCAUUUGCCUUGAGAACUGCCGGCUCCUUCACAAGGUCUUUAAUGGGAUGGUUUCAACCGCACGUCAGCCGUGGAACUGACGCGUGGAUUUCAGACUGUUUUUUCCUAGCAUAAAUCCCACGCGAAACCCACCAAUGUCGUGGUCGUGAUGGGACGGUUUUUUCUUCUCUGAAUACCUUUCUUACCACAGAGCACAAAAUUGCAAAAAAAUAAAAAAUAAUAAUAAUUAAAAAAAACUCAACAAAAAAAAGUCAGUGAAACGAUCAAACUUGACCAGCAUUGAAUAUUCAGCUUGGUGUCAUUUGAAGUUUCAGCUAAGGCUUUUUUUUUAUGUAAUCUCAUGAAAGCAGGGGUUGUCGUUUGCUGUGAUUCAUGACCAGAUGACCGAUUUUUUUUCUUUUCUUUUUUCUUUAAGAAACACUCUGUGUACGCUUAGAUUGGCAAAUGCUUGAAUGCUUUGCGUUGAGUGAUUCCUCAGGGGAUUGUGGACGAUCCACACCCAUCUAACAAAUCCCUGCUUGAGGUGGUCGAAGGUAACUAAAGAGGCGGGACAAAAAAAGUCAGUAGACGAGGCCGACAGGAUGUCGAGGCAAUCAAUCCACACAGAAGUAGAAAAGGAAGGUGGCUGAGGAAGAGAGGGAAAGAAGUUGAAUUAACAAGCAAAUCUGUGGCCUUUGAACUUUACAUCCAAACAGAAGUAUGCUUAAGUUGGAUAUUUGUACCAAGACCAGUCAGGAAAAUUGUAUUCAAAGUGUUACUCCAAAUGGGAAAAAGAAAAAUCACCACAGCCCGAAAGACCCUUUUUGGUUCCUGUGUGGAUUAGAAAACCGAUCAGACGGUGGCGAGAUGAGCGAGAACCAAGAAUCGGUGCCUAAAACCGUUCAACCUUCAGAUCAGACGGCUGCAGCGCAGCUGUGAAUGUAGUCGAGUCAUACUACCAGCAAAUAAUUCUUUUAAGCAACAAGAGGGCUGAAGAAACCCACAGAAAAAAAGGACUUUGUUUUAUCUAUUUAAUUAAAAAAAACUGGGCCGUGUGAUGAUUCCAUCAUUCAGUUUAAGAGUCGGGGUUGUUUGUGACAAAAAGCCACCUUCCUUCUCUGUGGAGUGAAGACAGGCUGGUAGAUUUUAUUUUACCUUCAGUGGAUGUUUGAUUUGUGCAAAGCUGUUUUGCCUGCUUUAUGUAUUUUUCUUUCUCUUUUUUUUUAGAUUUCCUCUUAAAAUGUUAAACCUUUCCCUAGAAUUGUGUGAACCUGAACUGAGUAGAUGUAGAUUUUUGCAGAUGCUAAAUGAUUUGCUGCUUUUGUGCUUCAUGUUCAGUUGAGUGUUUUGUGUAGGUUUACUAAAACUCGUCGUUUGUAGCAAACACGCCGCCGGCAGCGGGAACGAGGCCAAGGCCCUUUCCUGCCGUCACCAGGACUUCGGCGUUUCCCCUCAAACUGUCCGAGCGAUCGCAGUUUUGGUAAAACUUUUUCUGAACAUGGUCAGAAUGUAGUUUCACCACCGCUCCUCAUUUCUGCAGACGUGUGACAAUCACGCUCCCAAAGUAGUCGUUCAGAAUUAUUUACUGUAGUCCUGCUUGUUGCCAUACCUUUGAGCUAUAAGUUAUUUUAACAUAUCAAUCUGCUCUGCUUAAGUCCUAAUAUGUUUAUAGCUUUAAAAAGAAAUGCUGCCCUAAUGUUUUUUUUUUUUUGUUUGUUUGUUUUCCUCCAUCAUCUGAGCCGCAAUCGACCGUGCAGUGGUCAUUUUAGAAGUGAUUCAGUUACACACCGAUUCUAUCAUAAAACAGAGGUUAAACCGAUAGACUAACUGGGGCCUCAGUAUGAUGUAAAUACAUAUUUGAAGCGUUAUCAUUUUCACAAGAUGGUGGUUCCCCUGUCAACUCAAUAAAAGUGGUGAAUUUGA